AUGGACGCUGUCGCGCCCGGCAGAGGAGCAGCGGCGGAAGUACUUGAAGCCGCCGCAGCACUACCAAAGGCUCAAAGAGAUGAUGGUAUCGGCGGCGGCCCACCACCUUCAUCAUCGCUGCUCGGUCCAGUCAAGAUGGAGGCAGCGGAAGCUACCACGGAGGAGGAGUUCCCGCCGCCACCCUUCGGCGAGCCAACGGUGGAAGAGAAGGCAAGCAAAAGCAGCGCCACGUCGGUGGUACCUGGUGCUACUACCACCACCGCCACCACCACCGCCACCGCCACAGAGCUAAUACGCUUGGUGAAGGCAAAGGCCGAGUGCUGCGAUAUGGAGGAAGACGACGUAGCAGGUUGUGGUGGUGGUAGCGGCGGUGGAAGCAAAAGCCACCGAAGUAGCACCAGCAGCAGCAGCAGUAGCAGCAGUAGCAGCAGUAGCAGCAGUAGUAGUAGCGGUAGUAGCAGCAGAAAGCAGCGCAGCGACAACCUACACCAACUGACGGACAUGCUGCACCAGCGGAAGUAUCUGAAUAAUGGCGGUGGCGGCGUUGCACUGCUGAACCCGAGCAACAACAACAACAACAACGUAAACGAGCGCGAGGUGGUGAAGGAGGAGGAGGAGGAGGAGCGGGACGAGCAGAUAACACCUCCUGCGGCCGAGGACGACGACGACGAUCAUCGGUUCCGGUGCCCGAUCUGUGGCCAGGUAUCGCGCACCAAGCACGAUUUCACCGAGCACAUCCGUUCGCACAACGCGGCGGCCGCCCGGGAGCCGACGACGGUCAGCUUCAGUUGCAAGGUAUGCGCGAAGGUCCUGUCGUCUGCGUCCUCCCUCGACCGGCACGUGCUGGUACACACCGGGGAGCGCCCGUUCCACUGCAAGCACUGUGCGCUCACCUUCACCACCAACGGUAACAUGCACCGGCACAUGCGCACCCACAAGCAGCAGCAACAACAGCCCCACCCGGCAUCACCCAGUCGGGACAGCGUCGAGAGCGGUGGUGGGCUGCUGGAGCACGAAGAGGAAGAGGAGGAUGAGGAGGAAGCGCAGGAGGAGGAGCUGCCGAUCCAAAACGGUCUGCAGCAGCAGCAGCAGCAGCAGAAGGUGGGCGGCAAACGACGGAAACCCAGCGAUCCGAGCCGGAAGGUGAUCCGGAAGGGUGUCGUGGUGCGUACGACGAUCAACAACAACCACCUACUGGUGGAGCAGCACCAGCAGCAGCAGCAGCACCAGCAGCAACGCUACUGCUGCCCGGUGUGCGAGCGGAUUGACUUCGUCAGCAUGCCUCUGCUGGAGAGUCACCUCGAUCGGGAGCACCCGUCGAUACCGGCCAAGUGUCGGCACUGCGAAACCGUGUUCCGCAGCCACAAGGCCCUGAAUGCGCACCGGUGCAGCAACAACAACUACCAGAACAUCAUGCCCGGCUUCAAGGACCUCACGUUCGUGGACUUCUCGAGCGAGAAGUUUCCGCUGAUAGCGAAGAACCUGUGCGAGCAGAGCAUCCGGACGCCGGUGACGAGCCAGAAGUACGAGUGUGGCCGCUGCUACCGGGCGUUCCCGUGCUCCAAGACCCUAACGAUGCACGCGUCCGACUGUGGUGGUAGUGGCAGCGGAAAGAAGCGCAAGCGCACCCUCAGCAGCAGCGGUGGCGAGUCGUCGGCCACCGAGGAAGAAUCGUCCAGGCGGCCGGCGGCAGCGAGGGCCAUUUUGUUGGACGGGCUAGACGAAGACGUGCACCAGGAGCAGCAGCAGCAGCAGCAGCAGGGUCACCAGUACCAUCAGCAGCAGCGUAAGCAGCAGCAGCAGCACCUGCUCCGUCGCGAUGACUUCUUCGCUAACCUCGACCUACAGAAUCGCUCGAUCGGCGCACUGUCGGAGGCUCCGACGACGCCCUCGUCGCUCGACAAGUCAUUCCCGUCGCCGGUCACGCCGCUCAACUUCAAGCAGGAACCGCUCGGCCUUGGGUCACCCUCAUCCGGCGGCGGCACAGGGACCUCCGUGCCACUGUUCUACCAUCAUCAUCCGGCUGGCGGCGAUACAGCCGCCCUGUUUCAGCAGCAGCAGCAGCAGCAAUAUCACCACAGUCUGCAGGACGGCGGCAAAGAUUUGGCCGACAUUCAGUCCAUCAUCAACGUGGCGUCCUCCGGGGGUGGCAUGUUUAGCCGGCAGCUAGAUAUGGGUGAUGGCGGCGGCGUAGCUGGCGGAGGCGGCAGUCACACGCCGCUCUCUAGUCUACUCGAUGGCGGCGGCUGUACGGCGGCUGACAGGGAAGCCGCCGCCUUGUAUGCCAGCUCCGUGCGCGGUGGUAGCGGCGGCGCUGGCACUGGCGACGAGGAGGAGGCCCAGGAUGCGUUUACGGCUGAGUUUCGGCGCAUGAAGCUGCGCGGCCAGUUCCCGUGCCGGAUCUGCACGGCCGUCUUUCCGAACCUGCGCGCCCUGAAGGGCCACAACCGGUCGCACGUGACGGAGGCGGGCCCGGGGCCGUACCACUGCAACAUGUGCCCGUACGCGAUCGGUGACAAGGCGACGCUGAUCCGGCACAUGCGCACGCACAACGGCGACCGGCCGUACGAGUGUGCGCUGUGUAACUACGCGUUCACGACGAAGGCGAACUGCGAGCGGCACCUGCGGAACCGGCACGGCCGGAGCACCCGGGACGAGGUGAAGCGCGCCAUCAUCUACCAUCCGUCGGAGGACUCGUCGUGCGAGGACCCGAUGAAGAAGCUGCAGCUGUUUAACACGCCGCCGAUCGAGUACGAGCCGCCAUCGCCGGCGGCUUCGUUGGUACGUCAACGGUUGGUCCACACGACGCUGCUGGCGGCUGGUGGCGGCGGCGCCUUGGACGAGCAGCUGAAGGACGAGCCCCAGCACCAUCACCAUCACCACCACCACCACCACCAGCAACGUAGCAGCACGCCCAUCUCGGCGGCUCAGUUGCUGGAGAAGCCGUUGCCGCCGCCGCCUCCGCUUCGGUUUGGUACCAGUCUGCUCGAGGGAGGCGGCUUGUUGUUGCCAGCGGCCGCCGCAUACACUGUCGGCGGCAGCCGAGCGGCGACGGCGGCGGCCGACGGUGACGAUGGUUUGGGGUGUAGUACGCCCGUCGGUACGCCCGAGGCGUACGGGGCGGCGGCCAUAGCCGCCAAGAUACAGGUGAAGAGCUUGGAAAAGCUAAACCAACUGACGCCACCGCAGGACGACGAGCAGCAGGACUUUGACGAGAUGCCGGAGGAGGAAGACGAUCACCAGCAGCAGACUUCGUCAUCGUACCGUUCGCGAAAGCAACACCAGCACAACCAUCCACAGCCGCCCCCGAAGGUCGCAGACCACCACUCAGCCUCCGUGGCGGCGGCCGCGUCCAGUCAGCGGCCGAUCGACCUGAGCAUGGACGCACUCGACCUCAGCAAGAAGCCUGUCGUCCCACGAGCGGCGCCCACGUCGUUCGAUGAGGAGGACGAUGAGGAAGGCGAGGAGAGGCGGCUGACGGGAGGGGGGGUGUGCCAUCCACAGUCAAGUCAAGCGACGACAGUCAAGAAGUGCAACGGCGGCGCCGAGCACGACGGAGAACUGGAUGAAGAGCAGGUGGCUGCGGAGGAGGAAGAGGAGGAGGAUGGCGAGGAAGGGGAUGGGGAUGGGGAGGACGACCGGGAUGGGGAGACUGAUGAAGGUAAACGGCGUCGGCGGCACCGGCAGCAGCAAGGACUCGAGGCGACAGAUGACGAUCUGCUGUAUAGCAAGCUGUCCGGGUUGCAGGCGGCGGCUCACCAUCAACAGCAGCAGCAGCAACAGCAGCAGACACAGCAGCAGCACCACCACCAGCAACAGCAGUUCCAGCUCCUUAACGAAGCGUUCUCGAAGCUGGACCAGGUGAACUUUCUGCAGCUGUACCAGCUCUGCACCCAGCUGAGCUCGCUGCAGCUUCCGGCGGCGUUUUCGGCGCCACUGCACGCCGCAGCCGCCGCCUCGCCGUUCCUACAGAACCCGCUGCUGGUGGCGGCCGCGGCCGGACCAGCGGCCACCGUUGCCGCGCUUGGCGAGCUGUUCGGCAGCGGCAGCAGCACUGAGUACGGCGGCGGCUUAAACCCGAUCCCGAACCUGGCGGCUGUGGCUGCGGCAGCAGCAGCCGCCGCCGCCGCUGCUACUGCUGGCGGUGGCGGCGUUGGCAGUAGCCUUCACCAGCAGCAGCACCAUCACCAUCACCACCACCACGGUCACCUGACGGCUGCUCAGCACCACCGACACCACGCUGGCAGUGGUUUUGUCGGUGUCACGUCGGCGGCUAGCGGCAACCCGGCGGCUGCCGGUGGCGGCCCAGUCAAGAUGGUCAUCAAGAACGGGGUGCUCAUGCCGAAGCAGAAGCAGCGACGCUACCGGACCGAGCGCCCCUUUGCCUGCGAGCACUGUUCCGCCCGCUUCACGCUCCGGUCCAACAUGGAGCGUCACAUCAAGCAGCAGCACCCUCAGUUCUGGUCCCAGCGGCAGCGCGGCGGCGGUGGUGGCCACUACCUGAUGCGCCGCGGUAGCAGCGCCGGGGCUUCGCCUGCCUCGUCGGGCGGUCAGGUGCCGGCGGCGGCUCCUACAACAGUCGCAGCCGCCGUCGGUUCACUAGCCGCCGCCCUGCAAGGGGCAGUCUUUGGAAAGGCGGCCGUUGAUCAUCACGACGGUGACUCGACCAGUCCGCAGGCCAAGUACGCGGCCAUGUUGGCGCAGCACUCCACCGCCAAGACGGCGGCUGAUGGCGGCGGCCAUCAUCCACUGCUCAAGACCAUGAUCGCCCAGGGCAGCAACGACAAUGGCGGAAGUGAUCCAGCAGCAGCUGAAAUCCAUUGGAUGUCCCUGGGCAAGGGCCACAGGAGCCACCGAACGCCAACACCGACUCCGGUGGCGUACCAACACCACCAACAUCGCUCCCCAAAUCGACGUCCGUUGCAGGCGACGAAAGCCGAGGAAGACCGGGCAGAUCAGGGCGGCGAGCAGCUCUACGGCGAUCGAACGCCACAGCAGCACCACAACCAGCGUGCGCAGCGAUACCGCCGCCGGCGUCUACAGCCAGAGCUCGACCAGCUCGAUCAAGAUCCAGCCCGGAAGCUGCAACUUCCGGAAGAGGACCAGCUGGACCACCACCAGCAGCAACAGCAGCAGCAGCGCCUUCAGAAGGAGCCUCCGGAGACCGAUCAAGACGAGGAAGACGAAGAAGACGACGUGCAGCUCGUGAUCGACGAGGAGUUCGCUAGUAGUGGUGCGGACUUGAACUCGUCGGUCCCGUCGACAGCAGCGGCUGCUCCUGACGUCGCCUCAGCCGACUCUGAUUCCGAGGAGCACGAUCCUGGCACCAUCAGCACGAUCCUCAAGCAAAAGCUAGAUACGCCACUGACAGUAGCCGCUUCCAACAGCGCACCGGUGGACGGCAGCGCAAUCGGUGGUGGUGGUGGUGGUGUGGCCGACGAAAGCGGAAACGAUCUGGUGCCGGUGGCUAAGCUGCUGGACGACAUGAACCAUCCAUCGUUGGAGAACUACUUCAGCAGACCGGAGGUGGUUCCGUUGGCGCAGGACCACAGCGACGAAGAGGGCCUGGUGGCAUCCGGUUCGGCCUCGGAGAGCAACAACUCCGGCACGGACGACCCGAACCCGUCGGCAGUGGCCCUUUUGGAGCAGCAGAAGAAGAAGUCGGCCUACAGCCUGGCCCCUAACCGGGUCAGCUGCCCCUACUGCCAGCGGAUGUUCCCGUGGUCGAGCUCGCUCCGGCGCCACAUCCUCACCCACACCGGCCAGAAGCCGUUCAAGUGCUCCCAGUGCACGCUCCUGUUCACCACCAAGUCGAACUGCGACCGGCACCUGCUGCGCAAGCACGGUGACGUCGCCUCGGCCGUCUCGAUUCCGGUGCCGAUCGACGAUCUGCUCGACCCGAAACCGGAACCGAUACCGGUGGCCGUCGCCGAGGCCAUGUGCAAGAAGACCAGUAGCGGGGGUAAAAGUGCCAGCAGCAGCCAGCCUUCUGCUUCGGAACCGGCCGAAGAGAAGAGCUCCCCGCCGUCACUGCGGAAGCGUGACCAUACUGCUGUCACCAGCACGACGCCUACGACACCAACGACGCAGCAAAAGGCGGCACCAGUUGUGACCGAAAGUGAACCUAACAGCGAGACCUGGUCACAGCAACAACCGCUACCGGAAACCAGACGUCGUAGCAGCCUGCUCAAGCAAGUCGAUGAGGAGGAACGAGCCUGGAAUCAUCAGCAGCAGAACGCCGCCACUGAGUUAGUCAUGGGACGGCCAGAAAAGAAACGCUCGGCUGCCACCCUGGUGGGGGGCUCUGAAGUGGAGGCGAAAAGAUGGCGCCUUCAGGAUAAGGAGGGCGGCGAUCGUGAUCACCACCUACCGUCCGACGCACCCCUUACUGCUGGGGAACAACAGCAACCGCAGCAGCACGCCCCCCGGGGCAUCAUCAAGCAGGAACCGUCCGAUCCGGAGGAAAUGGAUGACGAUGAUGACGACGACGAUGACGAUGACGAGGGCGGCGAGGAAAGUGAUGAGGAUGGUAGGCGGCGCAGGCUGCGGCACGAGCAGCAAGGGGUUGUGGAUGACGACGGCGGUGGGGGGCCAAUGGAUCAGCUCGCGUUCAAGUGUCACCUGUGUGACAGUUCGGCCACCGAUCGGGACGCGUGUCUCGAGCACAUCAAACAGAGCCACCCGCACGACUUUACCGCGCUGAUGAUGAAGGCUUCGCCCGAGGUAGCAUCGGCAGACAGUGAGGCAGCGGACGAUGAAGAGAACGGUGGCGGUGGCGGUGGCGGCGGCGGCGGAGCCGGUGGACCCGUGUCCCGGCUCAACGACAAUAACAACAGUAGCAGUAGCGGCAGCAACGGUGGUGGCAAGUAUCCAGACUAUGCCAACAGGAAGGUUGUCUGCGCAUUCUGUUUGCGUCGCUUCUGGUCGACGGAAGACCUGAGACGGCACAUGCGAACGCACACCGGCGAGCGGCCCUUCCGAUGCGACGUCUGCAGCCGGCGGUUCACGCUCAAGCACAGCAUGCUGCGACACCAGAAGAAGCACUACAACGCCCACGAUGAUGCUGAUGGUGCUGAUCGUUACAGCCCCAGCACCACUCCAGCGACCGCGACCAUUUGCCAUAGCUUGCUGGUGCGUCCACACAGCGCACUGCGACGGGUCGCGACCGCUGAAUCCCGACGCCCAUCGCCAACGGCGGCCAACAACGGAGGAGCUGGGUCGGAACUCAGCGAUGAAGAGUACGCCUCGUCUAGGUCGCGGUCACCACCACCGACCACCACCACCACCACCACCAACAGUAGCAUCAACGGUGGGGAGAAGCAGCAGCACGGCACCUCCGAGCUGAUCGGCAACCUGCUGGGCAUCAGCGACCAGGGCAUCCUGAGCCGGGUGUUACAAUCGUCAGCGUCCGAGGCAGCCAAGCUACUCGGUGUCAACAAGUGA